AUCACCGUGCAGAGCCUGGGUCCGCGGCAGCAGGUCACGCUGCGGACUUCCUUGCGGGACGAGACGGGCGAGCUUUUCCAGGCCUGCGCCCGCUACCAGGCGGGGGACGAUGGGGAGCUGGACCUAGCCCAUUGCCCCGCGCUGCCGGGGGGCAGCUUCUCUGGCCUGGAGCCCAUGGGGCUGCUCUGGGCUUUGCAGCCCCAGAGGCCCUUCAGGCGGCUGGUGAAGCGAGACGUGCAGAGCCCCUUCCUCCUGCAGCUGGCGGUGUUGGAGGGCCACGGGGACCCCCCUGGGCGGCUCCUGGCCCAGGCGCAGCAUGAGCGGGCGUUCCUGCGGGACGGGGUGCGGAGGGUCCCGGUGCGAGAGGGGAGGAUCCGGGCGACGCUGUUCCUGCCCCCAGGAAAUGGCCCCUUUCCGGGAAUUAUUGACUUGUAUGGAACUGGAGGAGGACUCCCUGAGUACAGGGCAUGCCUGCUGGCCAACUAUGGCUUUGCUGUGCUGGCUCUGGCUUUCUACAACCAUGAAGAUCUCCCGAAAGACAUGAAGGAAUUCCACCUGGAAUAUUUUGAAGAAGCCGUAAACUAUAUGUUACAACACACACAGGUUAAAGGUCCAGGGGUUGGGUUGCUUGGAAUCUCGAAGGGAGGUGACCUGUGCGUCUCUAUGGCCUCCUUCCUCAAGGGCAUCACAGCCACUGCCCUUAUCAAUGGCUCGGUGGCAAAUGUGGGCGCAGUGCUGCGCUACAAGGAUGUCACCAUUCCACCCCUUGGUCUCAAUGCACAACGCAUCAAGGUCGACAAGUCCGGCAUUGCUAAUAUUAUCGAUGCACUGAACAACCCUCUAGAAGGGCCUGACCGCCAAAGCUUAAUCCCUUUGGAGAAGGCCGAGUGUCGCUUCUUGUUCAUUGUUGGCCAGAAUGAUGGCAACUGGAAAAGUGAAUUCUUUGCAGUUGAGGGGAGCAAACGUUUGCAAGCUCAUGGGAAGGAGAAACCUGAGAUAGUCUGUUAUCCUGGAGCAGGGCACUACAUUGAACCCCCCUUUUUCCCGAUGUGUGCAGCCUCAAUGCACCUGCUAGUUGGCAGGCCUGUGAUGUGGGGAGGGGAGCCCAAGGCACACUGCAAGGCACAGAUAGAUGCUUGGCAGCAGAUCCAAGCUUUCUUCUGCAAACACCUGAUGGGCAAGCCAUCUGGAACAUCCAGUAAGCUAUGA